AUGGAGGCGGCAGCCACUACCUAUCGGCUGAACAACUACCUGCUGCCGGCGCCGCUGACGCCGCGCAACAACAUGGUACUGGUGAAGCUGCGCAAGAGCGAGGAGGGCGAAACCUCGCGCGGGCUCGUGCUCGCCGCCUCGCAGCGCAAGAUCCGCGACGGCGAGGUGGCGGCUGCAGGCCCAGGGCUGACGCACCCAGAGUCGGGGCAGUUGCUGCCGACGGGGGUGGGGGCGGGUGACCACGUGCUGUGCGAGGAGAUUGUGAUGGAGGGCGAGGCUAUCGACUACCUCGGCGAGAAGCACCGCAUGCUGCCUGACUCACGUGUGGUGGCCACGCUGGAGGGCGGCGUCAUGUCGGCCGCGACCUUCAAGCCGUCGGGCGAGCGGCUGCUGGUGCGACUGCCGAAGGCGGUGGUGGCUGUGGGGCCGGGCCAGCUCAACGCGCGCGGGGAGCACAACCCGAUGCCCGUGGCGCCGGGGGAGUUCGUCGUCUUUGGACGCUACGCCGGCUCAGAGCUCGACUUUGAGGAUGGCUUCAAGUACAAGGUGGUGUUUGCCCGCGAGUGCCUCGCGAAAUGGUGA